AUGAGUAACAACCGAGGAUAUUUACCACGAUGGGGUGAGUUGCCUAUCGAACAAUAUCUGAUUAGGCACUGGGACCAUGCAGUAACAGAAUCACCCGACCAACAGCGCGUUCAACUCGUCCGCCAAUUUCUCGAUCUGGAUGAAAUUCCUCAGGAAUGGUUUCCCACUCAGGAGAGUGAGCCAUUGCCGCGCACACCCACAGAAGAGGAGAUCAACGCUAUACUUCGUCCCUGGCGAUCGGCUGAUCUGCGCCGGAGAGCGUGGCAUAUAUACACGAAUGUUACAGAUGAACCGAUCUUCCUCCGAACACACUAUAACCCCGAAGAUGACGAGAAAAUGGACCAUUGGGCUUGCGUAUCAGAAGAAUUUGAGGAUCAGGCUUGGUGGGCGUGUUUGAAUAACGCCCAGCUAUAUAACUUUGGAUCAGAUUGGCAACGAGUGUAUGACAUCUUGCCUGAAAUUGCUGGACCUUCGGCCGAGGGACCUGUAUCACUAGAUAAUCUAUCGUCAACACGGUCACAUUUCAAAACAUGGCUUAGCGAGGCGAAACGAAUUGAACUUGAGCAUUGGAAAAAGGAUCCCCAUCGAUAUAUUGAGGUCAAGGCAGCUGGACUUCUCCGCGCAGUAACGACAAGAUAUAUACUUCUCGCAGAUCAAGAGGCCUUCGAGACAGAUGGACGUUUACGCCUAAUAUACCUGGAUAAUAAGCGUAAUAUUGUCCGGGAGACACGGGUUGACGCUGAUGGACAGACUAUUACAGAUAUUAUUAUGGCCUGGUUUGAACUGACUGACCCUUCUGAAGUGGAAGAUGGCAUCACUGGUGACAGAUACCGGGUCACCGGUGAUUUGGGCAGAGAGUUAUAUCAACUGACAGAAUCUGAUUUGGCAGAUCCUUAG